ACUUUGUUGCGAAGACGGAGGGGGAACUCAUACGAAAUGGCCACCCUUUUGGUCAGCAUGCUAACGGGGGCAGGACACCCCGCCUUGGUGGUGUCCGGGGUGGCCCGGGAGGAGGUCGUUGUCAACGACCAGCUAGCCAUUCCGUAUCCCUACCCGAUCGUCGAGGUCGAGGCCGAGGAGAUGCCGCCGCCCGUCGAAAAGCAGGGUCAGAAGUAUAAGCUGCGCGGAUUACCCGAUCUGUCGAGUCAUCUCGAGGAGGAUAUGGCCGAGGUGCACAGGCUGAAGGAUGCCGCAGAGAAACGGGUGCAGGACGAAAUUAUCAGGAAGCAAAUGGAGGAUCUUGAGCUGCUGGCCGUGGAUCGGCAUCAUUACCGGCGCAGCCAUGCCUGGGUGGUGAUCAUCAACAAUGCACCUUGGAGUGUGAAGCCCAAGACCACCUACACGGACGUAAAUGGCGAUGUCGUGGAGGCUCCUCCCACGGCCAUGUUCAUUGAGCCUUCCACGGGCUUCAUAUGCGAGACGGGGUGUAAGCAGUACAUCCUCAUAGACAGUGUAUGGAAUCAAUACAACUACUAUGUCAACAAGCAGAAGCACCAAAGAGUCGGGGAUCUGCGCUGGGAUCUGAGGGAGACCAAUGAUUGGGAGCACAUGCUCCCGGGGGAACCACCGGAGAUGCGAGUCUACAAAGUCGCCUCCGACGAGAACAUAACCGAAGAGGACCGAGACAUUUACGAGGAGAAGCAUCUGGAUUGCAUCGGCUCCUGGGUGGAACGCCUCCACAUCGGAUUGGCCGACUACGAGCAAAGGUUCCCCAGCUCCGAGAAGAAGAUCCAGUACAAGGGGGCCAUCCACGAGAGAUUCUCUCCGUAUUCCCAGCGGGACGGCAAGGUGAUGCAACUGACCAUUUACAACAAUGACGAGUGCACGGAUCCCAAAGUCCGGUAUGAGUAUUACGAAAAUCGUGCGGACCUAAUGAGGCAUGUAAAGUAUACCUAUGCCACCGAUCAUUUUGAGGAAAUAUUCAUCAAGGGCCGCAACGACAGUUUAAAAUCUAUGGAGUACUUCUCGGAUCCCAUGAAAACACGACAUGUGUACUUCUAUUCUGGUUCCCGGAUCGACUCCCUGGACUUGAUGGUUGUCAAUCCAGAGAGCUUGGUCCUCCACUACAAAGGUCGUUGUGACAAAUGCUGGUACAAGGAAUUCGACUUUAGUUCCAAACAUAUCCUUAAAAAAGUUACUGAGAAAUUCCACAAAGCCAGUGCUCAUGAUGUGGGAACCACUGAUAUUGCAACUCGCAUAUUUCUGUUUCAACAAAAUAAAAUUAUCUUAAAGUUUCAUUAUACUUUUGGAGCACUUACAGCCACCACUGUGGAGUUCACAAAGCCCCCUCGACCGGAUUACGGCAAGGAACUUGUUUAUGACGAGAAGCUAACAAAAAUAUACAAGGCAAAUCCCCUAGAUCCUACACGCACUAAUCUGGAGCUAUACAAAUUGCUGCGCGACCAACUCGCCUACGAGGAUCAGUUGAGGAAGAAUUUUGAAAAAAUCAACGAGGACAUCAACAAUAUCUUCGACUUGCGUAAGACUGAAAAAGCUGAUCCUAAGCUCAAGUUUAGCAUAUUUGAUCCGCUGAGAAAUGGAGCGGCCAGAGCUAUUCGAAUGAAACAGUUUGAGGAGGAGGAGGAACUCAAGAAGGAAAUCGCCAGCAAGCCAGCCGACUUCUUGGCUCCGUAUUUGGUGCCUUAUAAGGACCAGGAUGAACUCACCCCGGAACAAUCCUUACUGGUCUACAAUUCCUGUCUCAAUGAUUUGAGGACCCGGUUCGUGAGCUUGCUAAAUAAUCUGCAGCGUCACUACGAAGAUCUUACCUCCGAGUCCAAGUCACUCAAUCGGUUUCUCAACAAAUUCGAGAAUCAGUUCGACAAUUAUGACUAUAAGCGUCUGGUUCAGCAAUCCAAGAACUUGGAGCUCAAUAAGCGGAUGGUGCAACAGCGCCUGACCCUAACCCAUGAGGAGUCCCAGAAGAAGUACGAAACGGUCAAGGCCUCGUUGCUCAAGGAUUCGCGUCUAAAUCUUAGGAAGGAGGACUUGGCCAGGAGAAGCUCUUCAGCUUCCAAGUAAUAAGAUUAUUGCCUCAAAGGAUAAGAAUAAAUGUUGCCGUACAGUAUUCCAUAAUAACUCCUAAUGACUUGCUAAGUCUUCUUUUGUCAAAAGGACAUUCUAAUGGAAAUCAAAUUAAUUACCAUAAACUCUUGUAAAUUGGUCAGA